AUGGACUCCCGAAUGCGACCAGGCAUUUCAAAACUUGAAGAACUACAUGAGCUAGGCACCGCUAUUAUCGAAACCGCUCCCGGCAAGGCACUCCAGAGUGCGGAGCUUCGGUACCCACCCUUAGAGCAGCUAGCACUGGCCCUGGUCGUCUCGGCGCGAAGGCUUCGCCCAUACUUCCAGGCGCACGAGAUCACUGUUCUGACAAACCAGCCUCUUCGGCAGGUACUCCAAAAGCAAGAAACGUCGGGCCGAUUGGUCAAAUGGGCAAUCGAGUUGGGAGAAUUUGACAUACAGUUCAGGCCGAGGCCUGCGGAAAAAGGUCAGGCCGUUGCCGACUUCAUCUCCGAGCUCACACCUCCUGCGCUAUCGGAACCGUCAUCACCGAACGCUAUCCUUACUGCACCGGAGAAAAUUGAUACCGAACGUUUCGACACUUCCGUUCCUCUCUGGAUCUGCAUGUGGACGGCUCGGCAAACCAGCAAGGCUGUGGUGCCGGCUUGGUGUUAA